AGAGAAAACGAAAGAGAUCUCUCUCUUUCUCUGAAUUCAGGAAAAUGGCUGAGGCGAGUAUUUCAGUAGAUCAGGACCAGUUCAUCUGUCCAGUGUGUCUGGAUCUCCUGAAGGAUCCGGUGACUCUCUCCUGUGGUCACAGUUUCUGUAAGGUGUGUAUUAAUGGCUGCUGGGAUCAGGAGGAUCAGAAGGAUGUCUACAGCUGUCCUCAGUGCAGAGACACUUUCACUCCAAGGCCUUAUUUACGCAGAAACAACAUGCUGGCUGAAGUGGUGGAGAAACUGAAGAAGACUGAAGUCCAAGCUGCUUCUCCUGCUCACUGUUACGCUGGACCUGGAGAUGUGGAGUGUGAUUUCUGCACCGGGAGAAAAUACAAAGCCAUCAAGUCCUGUCUGAAGUGUGUGGCUUCAUUUUGUGAAACUCAUCUCAAACCUCAUCUUGAAAGUCCUGCUUUGAAAAAACACACAUUAAUGGAAGCCUCUGGAAAUCUACAAGAGAAGAUCUGCUCUGAACACGAUGAAGUUCUGAAGAUCUUCUGUCGUACUGAUCAGAGAUGUAUUUGCUCUUUGUGCCUGUUGGAUAAACAUAAAGGACACGACGCUGUACCAGUUGCAGCAGGAAGAGCUGAGAAACAGAGUGAGAUAAAGAAGGAGAAGAUGAAAUCCCAACAGAAACUCCAGGAGAAGCAGAAGAAGGUGCAGGAGCUGAAACAGACUGUGAACACUAUAAAGCUCAGUACACAGACAGCAGUGGAGGACAAUGAGAUCAUCUUUACUGAGCUGAUCAGCUUCAUGGAGAAAAUGCGCUCGGAGGUGACGGAGAUGAUCAGAGCUCAGGAGAAGGCUGAACUGAGUCGAGCUGAACGACUCCUGGAGCAACUUGAGCAGGAUAUUAAUGAUCUUCAGAGGAGAGUCACUGAGAUGGAGAAGCUUUCACACACACACGAUCACAUCCAUUUCCUCCAGGCUUUAGCUUCUGGACCUCAGUCUCCUCUAUUUAACAGAACAGAUUUUGAUACGUCCAGCAUCAGGAUCUCUCAACAUCUGUUAUUUGAUGGAGUGAAGAAUUCUCUCUCAGAUCUGAAGAAGAGAUUGGAGGAAUUCUGUGAGGAGGAAUUCAACAAAAUCCCUCCACAUGCUGCAGCAGUUCAGAUCAUUUCAUCACCAGAUCCACAGAACAGAAAAGAGUUUCUGAAAUAUUUCUGUUCUCUGACUCUGGAUCCCAACACGGCACAUCGUAAACUCAUUCUGUCUGAGGAGAACAGAGUGGUGACAUUCAAUAAGAGAAAACAGAAGUACUCUGAUCAUCCAGAGAGAUUUGACUCCUGGCGGCAGGUGUUGUGUAAGGAGAGUGUGUGUGGACGCUGUUACUGGGAAGUGGAGUGGAGCGGUGUUGGUGUGUCCAUAUCAGUCUCAUAUAAAGACAUCAGUAGGAAAGGAGGUGAUUAUGAGUGUGUGUUUGGACGCAACAAACAGUCCUGGAGUCUGGAAUGUUCUUCUUCUUCUCUCUCUUUCUAUCACAACAACAUUAAGACUGAUCUCAGAGUUCCAUCAUCCCCCAGAAUAGGAGUGUAUGUGGAUCACAGUGCAGGAACUCUGUCCUUCUACAGUGUCUCUGACACCAUGAAGCUCCUCCACAGAGUCCACACCACAUUCACUCAGCCUCUAUAUGCUGGGUUCAGGUUUGAUUGGUGGUCUGGUUCUUCAUCUGUGAGAUUGUGUGAUCUAAAAUAAUGUGUGUAGUGUUUUGUGUAACAUUCCUCCACAUUACCACAUUGUUACACCAUCAUCUGUUUAACACACAAUCCAGCUGCACAAAAAAAAGAUUUUUGUUGUAAUUUAAAACAGAUUCAUCCUGGAUGAUGAACCCUAACAGAACCAUAUAAAUCCAAGUUUGUGUUAAAUAUUAUGACCAAAGUUUGAAAAUAAAAUAUCAGACCACAGCAGAACGGUGUGAACUGGGUGUCAGUGUCAGUCUCAUAUAAAGAGAUCAGAAGGAAAGGAAGUUGUAAUGAAUGUGGGUUUAAUUUAACACAAACUGAUGCUGAUUGUAGAAUAAAUAGUUUUGUGGCACCGUAAUGAAGACUGUAAAGUAACUGAAGAGUUUUCUUCAACUUCUGAAAUCAACUGCAAUAAGAAUAUUGAUAUAUUUUAUAAUUCUGGUGAUUAAAGUGAAAUUAUUUUAGAAAGGUGUCUAUGAUCAGUGGAAAAUUUAACCCAAGCAUUUCUCUUUCAGACCACCAGAGGGCGCGAAAACACCACUUUUAAAUGACUUCUUUACUUCUUACUCAUUUUCUAUUAUUCAUUCAUUUUCUACCGCUUAUCCGAUUUUCCCGGGUCUCAGGCAUCAUCGGGCAUCGAGGCAGGAUAUACGAAGUUCAUUUUCUAUUAGUCGUCAUAAAAUAAAAUAAAAUUGAAAAAAGAAAAAAAAAA